AUGUAAAAAUGUUAAACACAGAUAAAUCAAAGAGAAUGCUAGAAUGGCUAGAUAAUUUCUUAAACUUAAUACUAGCAACUACAUUUAUAAGAUGUUCAUACAGAAAAAAUUGCUAAUACUAAUAUAAACGAUGUUAAUCCUUAUGAACAUUAUUACCUCUAAAAUAAGUCUAAAAAGGAAGAAUAUAAAGACUAUUGUGAAGUAUAAAUGAAUUAAUUAGAUCAUUUAGCUAUAAGUGAAUAAAGGCAAUUACGUUGCUCUUUUUCUACAGAGCUAACUGAUAGAAAUGGAAUCGAUAGAAAUCGUUUCGAAAUAGUUAGUCGUAUUAGAAGUAAAACCUUCUAAACAAAUGAAACUCAAAUAUAAGAAGAAUUAUAUUAUGAUGAUGAAGAAGAAAUAAUUUAGAGCCGUUUAAAUUCUUAGUGUUGUAGUUAAAUUGAUUUGUGUUAAAAUUUAAACUCAAGCAACUUCUAAUAAGAAUAAUAAAGAGAUAUUGAAUCGCCAUAAUAGAGUAGUUAAUAAAAUGUAAUUUAAUCUUAUUAGAAAAAAUAGCUGAUAAAUAGCAACCUUUUUCUUGAAAACCUCAAAUAAGAAUUUCUUAAAUUUUAUGAUUUUAAAGAUGAAAAAAAAAUAGCCCAUUAAAUUUAUAAUGACCUAAAUUCAAAAGUAAAUGAGAAAAAUUCGAGAGAAUUUACUUAAAAAAGUUCAUUGUACUUUAAUUAAUAGUUAGAUAAUCAACUCUUUACGUUUAAAUAAUGCGUUUAUGCAAAUUUGAACAGUGAUAUUAGCAAAUAAUUUGCAAAUUACUGUGGGUAGAGUAAUUUAAAUAAUAUUACUUAAAAUAAAUAAGGAAUAUUAAAUGCGUAAUUAAAUAAUAGUAAUAUUAAUCGAGAUGAUGAUAACAUUUAAAUUAACAAUAAUAAUAACACAUCCUAACAUUAAGAUUAAUUUGUAAACUCCAAUUAGUAAUGUGCUUCUUAUAGUCUAUUUCAAGAUUUUUUUUGUUUAAAACCAAAAUCUGUUUCUUUUCUAACAAAUUUUGAUUUUACAGAUAUAAGGCAAAAUUAACCAAAAAAGUCUGCUAAAAAAAAGAGUAAGAAAGAAAAUUCCUCUUAUGUCAAGAAUUCUUAAUUUCAUAACCUAAAUAAAUUAUUUAUGUACAAUAUUUUGGGCAUGUUUAGAGUAGAUGCUCUAAAUAAUCUUAAUCUUUCUGAAAUCAUAAUUAAAGAGUUAAUAAAGAUAAUUUAAAGGCUUAAAAUUUCUAGCAAAAGGAAACACAAAAAACAAAGUCAAGGAUUUUAUAACUAUUUCACACACAGCCAUUAUAACAUCCUUUUCUUAAAAAUAAAUGAAAAAAAUAUAUACUAAAUUAAGGAAAGUCCUCUUGAUAUAGAUUUACACCAAUAAUGCUUUAAUAUUAAUUUGAGUAAAAAUGUUUCAGAAACAGAAAUAGCUUAUAUGAAUUUGAUGAAGGAAAUUAAUUUUUAGAUUUUCAUGGCUAACAUAAGAGAAAAUUAGUUGAUUGACGAUGGAACUGAAUCUAAAUAAAAUAUAAGAAGCAAAUACACAUUGAGAGCAAUUAAUGGUAUUAAAAAAAUAGCAAAAGGAAAUUUUAUAAAAAAGUUUUGA